AUGACCUAGCAUUGGGCAGAGUGAGAUUUGACUUAAAGGUCUCGUCCUAGGUAAUUGGAGGCGGCUGCUCAGCUCAUUUGGGUCCAUUCCCCGCCGUCAGUAAUUGUACCUCGGGAAAUGGGGAGACUAUCUGUAUAGGGUAAAACGAGGAUACAGGCACGCUCGGUUUCCCGUUAUUAUGGUCAUGCUCGGUCACGGUACGACCGUCUCACCGGGAACGAGGCUUUGAGUUCAGGCCGGGAUGAGGCGAUGAAGGAAGGGCAAUUGACUGCCAUCAGCGGGAGACCGAAAUAUCCGUCCUCAACCGGAUAUUUCGGCGUCGAUCUCGGCAAUGCAGCUGUCACCUGAUUUACUUGCUUUAUUUAGAAUUAUACUAGGGUUGAAACUCCUCUACUAUAUAAAGAGGAGGUUAUCAUUCAUGAAAGGGGUUGGCAAUAGCAAGGAGAGAAAUAGUUUACAUUAACAAUUAUAAGAAUCCUAUUAAAUCCAUUCCCAUCUGUUCUUUAAUUCAUUUUUACUAUACCUCGUGUAAGUUCGUAACAAAGGGAAUCGACCUCGGUUUCUAUACCCGAGGCCAGACGCACUUAACAGUUGGUUAGAUCUGUUUCUCUGUUCAUUUAUUGAUAUAUCUCGCCAUCCAAUCUUGAAUUGAAUUUAGCCACAUAUCUUUGGCAUCACGCAUAAAUUUAAUUGUUCUCCGUUUUAAGGUUAAACAAUAUUAGUAGUAUAUUUUUACGUCCAUCGUUUCUUUAAUUUCUCUUUCAAAACCAUCAAAUUCGCAGCACUAAAAUUAAUGGCAGUAUCAUACUCAUGUGAUCAUCACGCUAAUGGACGUUCUUCCCGUCCGAUGGGCUAUCGGUUUCACCCAACGGACAGGGAACUGUUGAAGUAUCUAUUAGGGUUUGUACGAAAUGAGCCACUUCCCGAGCAGUAUCAACUCAUGCAGCAAGUUAAUCUUUACGGGGACAAAGACCCAUGGCAGAUUUUCGAAGCUUAUGAUAAUGGCAACGACAACAACAACAACGCCCGUUACUUCAUUACGCCGCAGAAGAAAGAGAAGCUUGCGUGGAAAAGAUUUUCAAGAACAGUGGGAAAGGGAACAUGGAAGCCACAAAGCAAAGGGAAAGAAGUGUUUGACGAUAAAGGGAGAGUCAUGGGGUACGUCAAAAGUUUGAAGUACACCCCCGCUAACAAAUCGUCGAGCAAUGCUAACGGUGAGUGGUUGAUGACCGAGUACUCUCUAUACAAUGGUUAUGUGGAUGCUUUGAAAAUUAAGAACAAGGGUUUCGUAAUUUGUAAGAUCAAGAAGAAAGAAAAACGCGGUGAUAUGAAAAAAGGAAACAAGGCCAACGUAGCUAACGAUGAGAAUAUGAGAGACAUUGAAGAAUUUAUCAGUUCCGUUCUAGAAGAACACAUUAAUGGAACAACGUCGAAUGAUAUAAUAAAGAAUAUUGAUGAGAAUAAUGUUGAAUACCUAGUGGGAGAUGAAGUCGGAGACCAUAUACUUGGUUUGCUGGGUCCCGAUGACGAUGUUGAAUGUAUAGAGGGUACUGAAGGUGAAGAUGACCAGCAAUUUGAUCAUAAUUUGUUGGGUUAUUCUGCAGAAGAUAUCGAUCUGGAUGCUUAUGAUUUUUUAGUUUGAUACCAAGUUAGCUCUUAUUUGAUAAAGUUACAAGCUUGUAGUAAUAUGUUUUAGACCUAUAUGAUUAUAUCAUUCAACAUACUCUGAAUUUUUCUUACAUUUCCUUGGUAGAUAAAUUUGGCUAUUGUUAGU